CAUGUGAAGAGUGGUGUUUCCUGAGCAAACUAUGACUUAAAAAGACAAAAAAAAAAGGUGGAAGUGGGGAGGUCAGCUGUGCCACAGAAAGAAACGGAGCUUAGAAAUGUCGCUCUUCAGAUUUAGAAAGCAAACCUUUACUUGAAUCAGCCGGGUGUCAAUAAUAUGAAUUUCCUGUCUUGCCAAUUCUGAUAUGAACAGAAAAACCAAGAACAGGGCUAUGUGUGGAUUACAUUUUUCUCUGCCUUGCCUACGACUUUUUCUGCUUGUUACCUGUUAUCUUGUAUUAUUUUCCCAUAAAGAGAUUCUUGGAUGUUCGUCCGUUUGCCAGCUCUGCACUGGGAGACAAAUUAACUGCCGUAACUUAGGCCUUUCAAGUAUUCCUAAGAAUUUUCCUGAAAGUACAGUUUUUCUGUAUCUUAAUGGAAACAAUAUAUCUCAUGUGAAUGAGAAUGAUUUAACAGGACUUCAUUCUCUUGUAGCAUUGUAUUUGGAUAAUUCUAGCAUUGUGUAUGUAUAUCCAAAAGCGUUUGUUAAUUUGAGGCAUCUGUAUUUUCUAUAUCUAAAUAAUAAUUUUAUGAGACGCUUGGAUCCUGGAAUUUUUGAGGGACUUUCCAGUCUUCGUAAUUUAUAUUUACAGUCUAAUCAAAUAGCUUUUAUUCCAAGAGGAGUAUUUAAUGAUUUAGUUUCAGUUCAGUACUUAAAUCUACAAAGGAAUCGCAUCACUAUCCUGGGGAGUGGUACCUUUGUUGGUAUGUUUGCUCUUCGGAUACUUGAUUUAUCAAAUAAUAAAAUUUUGAGGAUAUCAGACUUAGGCUUUCAACAUCUUGGAAACCUGGAUUGCUUGUUUCUAGGAGGUAAUAAUUUAACAAGAGUACCAUCAAAUGCUUUUGAAGUACUUAAAAGCCUUAAAAGACUUUCUUUGUCUCAUAACCACAUUGAAGCCAUACAGCCCUUUGCAUUUAAAGGACUUGUCAACUUGGAGUAUCUCCUUCUGAAAAAUUCAAGAAUUAAAAAUGUUACUAGGGAUGGGUUCAGUGGAAUUAGUAAUCUUAAAUAUUUGAUUUUAAGUCAUAAUAAUUUAGAAAAUUUACAUUCUGACACAUUUAGCUUAUUACAGAAUUUAAUUUACCUGAAGUUAGAUAGAAACAGAAUAAUCAGCAUUGACAAUGAUACGUUUGAAAACAUGGGAGCGUCUUUGAAGAUCCUUAAUCUGUCAUUUAAUAAUCUUACAGACUUACAUCCAAAGGUCCUUAAGCCAUUGGCUUCACUGACUCAUCUGCAGGCAAAUUCUAAUCCUUGGGAAUGUAACUGCAGACUCUUGGGCCUUCGGGACUGGCUAGCAUCUUCAGCCGUUACGCUAAACAUCUCUUGUCAGAAUCCCCCAUCCAUGCGGGGCAGAGCGUUGCAUUACCUUAAAUGGACUGACUUUACAAAUUGUGUUACAUCUUCGACAAAUGUAUCCAGAGCUUGGGCUAUAAAAUCUCUUCAUAUUCAUCACAAGACUACUGCGUUAAUGAUGGCCUGGCAUAAAAUAACCACAAAUGGGAAACAUUUGGAAAAUACUGAGAGUGUUACUCUCUGGGAACGAAGUCGUACUUCACCCACCAGUAGAUUCUUUCAAGAGAAUACCUUUGGUAAUCCGUUAGAGGCUACUGCAGUGCUUCCUGUGCAAAUACAGCUUACAUCUUCCGUUAACUUGAACUUGGAAAAAAACAGUGCUCUACCGAUUGAUGCUGCUUCUGUGUCAGAGAGAACAUCUCUUAUUUGUGCAAAAGAAGUUGAAAAGUUGAAUGAGGCUUUUGACAUUUUGCUGGCUUUUUUCAUCUUAGCUUGUGUUUUAAUAAUUUUUUUGAUCUACAAAGUUGUUCAGUUUAAACAAAAACUAAAGGCACCAGAAAACUCAGGGGAAAAUAGACUUGAAUACUACAGCUUUUAUCAGUCAGCAAGGUAUAAUGUAACUGCCUCGAUUUGUAACACUUCCCCAAAUUCUUUAGAGCACCCUGGUUUGGAGCAGAUUCGACUUAACAAACAAAUUGUUCCUGAAAGUGAGGCACAGGUGAUUCUCUUUGAACAUUCUGCUCUAUAAUUCAGCUUAAUAUUAGCUGUAAGAAAACUUCAGUUCCAUGGACAGGAAUUAAACUGAAGCCUCCUUAUAGAAUGUAAACUUUACUUGGAAAUGUAAUGAGUUAUAUGAGCUUAGCCUUAAUAAAUACAUGUUAUUAAUAACUUGUGAAUACUGUAUUAAUUCAGCAUACAUCUUCUUUGAUAGAUGUUAUAUGAAAUAAUAAUAGCUAAUAUUUCUGUGUACCAAGCACUAUGCUAAUAAAUACUUCAUAUAUCACUUUUAAUCCUAGUAAAGUAGUUACAUACAUUUUGUAGGUAAGGAAACCUAGGGAGAGUAAGUUUAAGAAAUGGUCCCAAAUUGGGGAGCCUGGGUGUCUCCUUUGGUUAAGCGUCUAACUUCAGCUCAGGUCAUGAU